CUGUGAGUAUCAACCACGCAACGACGAAACCGGCCAAAAUUAUUGUUCCUCGUCCACAUCCACAUCCACAUCCACGUCGACCACCAGGCCGACUCAAUCGGCGUCUCUUUCAUUUCUAGGCCAUAUUCAAAUUCCUCGGGAGAUUGAGCUGUCGGGCUAUUUGGUUGUAUCUCGCCCUCUGGAGACAUCCUAUCAACAUCUUUUGUUGUUCUCUUACGUUUCUCCCUUCCUAUCAGCAAAAAAGCCUUCGAACCACGAUCGCGCACACAACCCAUUGUUCCUCCCACCCAAAUCGCCCCAGGUCGACUCUUGUGCAUGCAAUAGGCGCAGUUGAGCAACAUGUCUGUUCUCCCUGCCGAGGUGCAGGGAGCAUUAUCCCAGCUCUUGCAAGCACUCUCUUCCCCGGACAACACCCUCCGCACACAGGCCGAGGAACAAUUGAACAAUGAUUGGACACCCAACCGGCCCGAUAUGCUCUUGAUGGGCUUGGUCGAACAAUUACAAGCCGCUGAAGAACCGUCGACUCGGUCAUUUGCGGCCGUCUUGUUUAGAAAACAAGCCUCCAAGACGAGGAAACUCCCUGGCUCCAACGAGAAUAAAGAACUCUUCCUCACCCUCAGCCCCGAAGCCAGAGGUGCCAUCCGAUCGAAGUUACUGGAGGGGCUAGCGAGGGAGCAGAUUAAUGCGGUGAGGAACAAGAUCGGAGACGCAAUCGCAGAGAUUGCUAGACAAUAUGUCGAUGCCAGUAUGUGUCACAACUUGGAGCGGCGAUGGAUGGCUAGCUGACAGUUCCUGACGCAGACGAGAUGUGGAUGGAACUCCUCGCCGCGCUAUUCCAGGCAAGCCAGUCGAACGACGCGGGCAUGCGAGAAUGCGCAUUCCGAAUAUUCUCAACCACGCCAGGUAUCAUCGAGAAACAGCAUGAAAGCGCCGUGCAAGAAGUCUUCGGGAAGGGCUUCAAGGAUGACAGCGUCGAUGUCCGGCUCGCUGCCAUCGAAGCAUUCGCCUCGUUUUUCCAUUCAGUCACGAAAAAGGCCCAAUCGAAAUAUUAUUCCCUGAUACCCGAUAUUCUCAAUAUUCUGCCACCUCUGAAACAAGCUGGAGAUACGGAAAAUCUUUCCAAAGCAUUUGUCUCUCUGAUUGAGCUUGCCGAAGCGGCGCCGAAAAUGUUCAAAACCCUCUUUUCUAGUUUGGUCAGCUUCAGCAUAUCUUGUAUUCAAGAGAAGGAUCUAGGGGACCAGACACGGCAGAAUGCACUGGAACUCAUGGCCACAUUUGCGGAGUGGGCGCCGGCCAUGUGCAAGAAAGAACCGUCAUACACAAGCGACAUGGUCACGCAAUGUCUCAGCUUCAUGACCGACAUUGGUCUGGACGACGAUGACGCUGCCGAGUGGAAUGCGAACGAAGACCUCGACAUGGAAGAAAGUGACAUGAACCACGUUGCUGGCGAGCAGUGCAUGGAUCGUCUGGCCAACAAACUCGGAGGAGAAGUGAUGUUGCCAGCCACAUUUACCUGGCUUCCAAGAAUGAUGCACUCGGCUUCCUGGAGAGAUCGGCAUGCGGCAUUGAUGGCCAUCUCUGCCAUAUCGGAAGGUUGUCGAGAUCUCAUGAUUGGAGAGCUAGACAAAGUGCUCGAGCUGGUUGUCCCAUCUCUCAGAGACCCGCAUCCUCGGGUACGGUUUGCUGGUUGCAACGCCCUGGGUCAGAUGAGUACCGACUUCGCGGGGCCUAUGCAGGAGAAAUAUCAUCAAGUGGUGCUCACGAACAUCAUUCCGGUCCUGGAAGCUCCAGAACCUCGUGUGCAAGCUCAUGCUGCGGCUGCCUUGGUCAAUUUCUGCGAGGAGGCGGAAAAGGCCAUUCUGGAGCCUUACCUCGACCAGUUAUUGGGCCACCUAUUGCAGCUUUUGCAAUCGCCGAAACGUUACGUGCAGGAGCAAGCUUUGUCGACGAUUGCUACCAUCGCCGACUCUGCCGAAAGUGCUUUUGUUCGAUAUUACGAUACCCUGAUGCCUCUCCUAUUCCGCGUCCUACAGACCGAACAGUCCAAGGAGUAUAGACUACUCCGUGCUAAGGCCAUGGAAUGUGCGACCCUUAUCGCUUUGGCUGUCGGCAAGGAAAAGAUGGGCCAAGACGCGAUUACUCUGGUGCAAACGCUGGGUAAUAUCCAGCAGAGUAUCACAGACGAGGACGACCCGCAAUCCCAAUAUCUGCUCCAUUGUUGGGGCCGAAUGUGUCGUGUUCUGGGCAGAGACUUCGUACCUUACCUUCCGGGAGUCAUGCCGCCUCUACUGGAAUUGGCAUCAGCCAAAGCUGAUAUCCAGCUCAUCGACAACGAGGAAGACGCCUUGGACCAAGAAGACGGCUGGGAGCUAGUGCCAUUGAAGGGCAAGGUCAUCGGCAUCAAGACGUCUACACUCGAGGAUAAAAACACCGCCAUCGAACUCAUCACCAUCUACGCGCAAAUACUGGAGGCUGACUUCGAGCCUUACGUCGCCGACAUCAUCGAGAGGAUAGCAUUGCCGGGCCUCGCUUUCUUCUUCCACGACCCGGUGCGGGUCGCUUCCGCAAAACUCAUUCCCCAGCUACUGAAUUCUUAUAAAAAGCGGUUUGGCGACCAUUCGCCUCAGUUGAUGGAACUUUGGGCCAAAUGUUGCGACAAGGAAAUCGAAAUUCUCAGCGCCGAGCCUGCGAUUGACACUCUGGCCGAGAUGUAUCAGUGUUUCUACGAGAGCAUCGAAGUGGUUGGUAAGAAUUGUUUGACACAACAACACAUGGAACAAUUCAUCCAGUCAGUCAAGUCCUCCCUGGAGGAAUACCAGAAGCGAGUACAGGAACGUGCUGAAGACAAGGCCGAUGCGGCGCAAGCCGGUGUCGAGGAAGAUGAUGACUCACUUUCAGUGCAAUAUGCCAUCGAGGACGACCAGACACUGCUUUCCGAUAUGAACAAGGCUUUCCACACCAUCUUCAAGAACAUGGGGACCAAUUUCUUGGGACCUUGGGAGAGACUGAUGCCGUUCUACCAGUCGUUCGCUUCGAGCAGCGAUCCCACUCAACGACAGUGGGCACUCUGUAUUUAUGAUGAUGUGCUUGAAUUUUGUGGUCAGCAAUCAUGGCAAUUAAGUGGAGAAAUCACCAAGGCUCUCAUCCGUGGAAUGACGGACGAGAAUGCAGCAAAUCGACAGGCCGCCGCCUACGGAGUUGGGAUUGCCGCCCAAAAAGGGGGUGAACAGUGGUCGGACUUCGUCGCUGCCAGUCUGGAGACGCUGUUCCAGAUCACUAGGGUACCGAAUGCAAGGAGUGAGGAUGAAGUCUUUGCGACGGAGAACGCGUGCGCGGCCAUCGCCAAGGUCCUGCAUUACAAUGCCUCCAAAGUGCCUAACCCGCAACAAGUUGUUGAGCAGUGGCUGGAUACUCUGCCUGUUGUCAAUGAUGAGGAAGCAGCUCCUUAUGCUUACUCUUUCGUCGCCCAGCUCAUUGACCAACAAAAUCCUGCCGUGUUUGCCAAAGCGCAACAAGUCUUCCAUCAUAUCGCACUCGCACUCGAGGCGGAAAUGAUCCAGGGUCAAACAGCCAAGAAAGUUGCUGAGAGCGCAAAGGCGAUGGUCACGCAGAGUGGAAUCAACGCGGAUCAGGUGUUGCAGACGCUCUCGCCUGAUGGGCAGGCUACCGUGCGGAGCUAUUUCUCGUAAUGCUUGCUGCGAUGUGACGGAACGUGAGUGGGCGGUUUGCAUAGCAUGGAUAGAGGUGAACAAUCGGUGCAAUCUCAGGUAGCAUGAGAUAUGGACUCGCAAUAAAUGAACACUACCUACUCGAAGUAACAGAA